AUGGGAAGCGCACUCUUCCGCUGGGAGGCCAGCGAGGCCGACACGGUGGUUGACGCUCUUACGUUCCUCGACGAUGACCCACAUGCGCCGCGCUUCCGCUUCAAGCACGCGGCAACCAGCACAGUGCAAGAUGCAUUCCUCUCUAGCUUCCGGUUCUAUUCACGCUAUGUCUUCUUGAAUGUGUUCACUGCGCUGCAGAUGGUACUGGCGCUCUUUACGAUGUACCUCUUCAACUACAUGGGGACGGUGCGCUACCACUAUGGGCCACCCAUCGUCCCUUCCUUGGCAGUGGAUGGAGACGCGGUGCUUCCCUCAGGUUCAUUCUCUGUUUCAAUUUCGACGGUAUCAUCAUUAUCAUCCUCCACCUCGCAGGAGCAGCUUCCGCCAGCGUACCCGCUGAACACGCGAAGGGCAUUGGGCCCACUCUACUUGGCUGUCGCCACGCUUGGUAUUUUCUUUGUCGCCUUUUUUGCGAUGUACAUUGUCUGGCUGAACAGUGACUGGCACAUGACGCUCGAGAUGGGGCGAUGGGUCCGUGACAAGCGGCAACACGAGCAGCGAGGUAUCUCCGCUUCGUUUGGGUUGCAUGAGAUGGCGUCGUCGCGCCGCCAAAAGGAGCAGCAGCAGCCUAGCUACAGUAAGGAGAGUGGUGGUUGUCGUCUGCGUCGCCUGGGUGUGCGGUGGAUCUCCGGCAAGUGGCCGUACUACGCCUUCCCGGCCCGCUACCUAACAGACUUCGAUUACCGGCACGAUCUCCACGUGAAGUAUGGUGCUCAUGCCACACGGCGUGAUCCGCAAAGUAUGCUCUUCGUGUUCGCCGCACCGUUUGUACUUAUCCUCACCAUUAUCGAUAUCUUAACGGUUGACGAAAUGCGGUUGGCGGGAGUGUCACCGGCGUUGCUGCAUGGCCUGCUGCUCGCAUGCGGCCCUCUGUUUCUGGUGUAUGUGACACGGAGCGUGUUAACGCGGUGGAUGAUGUGGGGAAGAACAUGCUUCACGGAAAUGAAGACUGUCCUCCAUGCCUAG